AUGGCCGCCGACGACCAACAGCUCUUGCCCUCCCCCGCCGACGGUGACGACGGCCAACGCCCGGCCGACACGGAACAGUCCGCGCCCGUCAAGAAGAAGAGGACCCGCACCCGGACGGGAUGUCUCAACUGUCGCCGCAAGAAACGCAAAUGCGACGAGGGUCGCCCGGCCUGCGGUGGGUGCUCGAGGCGGAAAGAGACGUGCGAAUGGGGUAUCAAGGUAACCUUCCGCGCCGAGAAUGCCCAGACGAUACUGCAAGAUCACCCGUCGAUGAAGAAAGCCCGACGGCCGCCUCCCCGCCGCCACUUUGAGAUUCUCAACGUGACCAAGGAGGUUAUCCGCGAUUACCACCUACCUCUAGGCUUCAACGAAUACGACUCUGACCGCGAACCGGAACCCGAGCUGUCUCCUACCGAAGGCGAAGCUCAUGGUGCUCAGUUUGACAACGACGAAACCAGGUUCCUCGACAGCCCUGUGUCGUACUCGACAUCCACGGCUGGUGGACACACAGCGUCCGUUGCCGAGUCGAGUACCGCAAGACGGACAUUAUCGUCAUCUGGGCCAAGUUCCGCACCGCCGGACCGGGUGCCGAUCCCAGGCUUUGGUGCUCUUCUGAGUCCGUCGGCGCGUCGAGAGGAUGAUUUUGGCGACAAGGUGCACCCGCCAACGCGCGACCACAUGGAUUACCAAGCUUCGCCAGCCUCUGCAUCACAACUGAUCACCGACAGUGCCGUAGCGAACCUCAUCUACCUCAGUCAAGGCGGUGGAGGGCAAAGUCCUCACGACCCUACACCCACAGUCAAUGGCAUCCCAGUCACGGCGUUGCCCAUAGAUCCCUUGAUGGACGCGCCAUUCGAUUUCAUGGAUCAAAUCUUUACUCCCGAGGGCUCCUACGAAGACGGAAUCUUCCUGCCAGGUUCGGCAUACCAUGAAUUGCACUCUACACUAAGGAACCACCUGAUUCAAGAGGUACGGUCAAAUGGGCCAACGAGGCCGGCGUCACCGGCUUCUGGUCAGAACUCGAGGCGGAGAUCUAUCGAUGCCACUUCAGGGCCGUCAUCAUCAGCAGAAGUAGCCGAAACGGCCGGCGACAUAUCUUCGGAUCACGAACCCCCCUUCUUGCCAUUGGAAGAGGAAUGCGCGCUAUGGAAGAACUGGGUGGACGAAAUCUCUCCUUGGCUGGACAAGUUCGACAACCAGCGACACUUCCAACACUCUCUCCCCACGAUGGCUCGGUCACAUGAUCACCUGCGCUACUCUAUGCUCGCUCUUUCAGCCCGCCAGCUCGAAUUGAAAGACAGAAACCGCCCUACAGAUCAGAGCUUAGCGCUCUACCAAGAAGCAAUACACUUGCUCCUACCACAACUACCGACGCGGACGACGGCCGUAAUCGCGUCGUGCGUGGUGCUGUGCGUGCUGGAAAUGGCCAGUUGCUCGCCAAAAGCGUGGCGAAGGCAUUUGGAUGGAUGCGCCAGCUUGAUGGAGGCAGUGGGUAUGAACGGCUUCGUUGGCGGCGUCGAGCAGGCUCUUUUCUGGUGCUUCGUCCGAAUGGACGUGUGUGGCGGUCUCAUCUCUUCGGUCAAAACUUUGAUCCCCGUCAACCACUGGGCGUCGCAGACCGAUCUUGAAUCAGACGUAGGCUUAUUCCUCACAAACCCUGGCCACGACAUGUGGGCAAACUAUGCAGUGUACCUUUGUGCCCAGGUUCUCGACCUCCUGGCUCCGCUCGCCAAGGCAAACCCUGGUGGGCUGUUUUUCGACGGUCCAAGAAACGACAUGGUGUAUCGGGUCCGCUGGAUGAAACUCUGGAGAUAUGUUGAGGACUGGCAUAGCCGUCGGCCCUCCGAGAUGCAGCACAUCAUGUCCAUACCCUCAUCCGACGCGGAGCCAUUUCCCAAGAUUUUGUACAGCAACCCUGCCGCGAUAUCAGGGAACCAAUUAUACCACACGGCAUCUCUCUUGAUGUUACAGAACAGGCCGGCCUCUCUGCGCCUAUCUCCGAGGCCUCGUUCAGCGCUUUGGCAUGCCAGACAAAUAUGCGGGAUAUCCAUGACUAACCACCAUCACGGGGCCUGGACCAACAGCGUCCAGCCCCUUUGGAUUGCGGGACGUUGCAUGAGCCACCCCGCGGAGCACCGAUCAAUACUACAGUUACUAGAAAAAAUCGAAAGGGAAAGCGGAUGGGGCACUAAGUGGAGGGCAGAUGACCUGAAGGACUUUUGGGGUGACUUGGGAGACGGUUAG